GCCCGGAGCCACCCGGAAGAGCCAGGUUCCAAGCACUAGUGCCACGUCAGGCCAGGGAGCUGAGCGCUACCCGGGCUGCUGCUGCAGGGACUGGGUGAGGAGGUGGGCGCCUCCUCUCUGCCUUUCUCAUCCUGCUCGGCUCCCUAGCUUGCACCGGCCGGCCAGCGCUGAGUCUGGCCUGGGGGUCUUCCAAGCCCAGAAGCAUGAGGUCCCUGGCUCCCGGGGGCGCUCCGGGGCUGUGGCGGCGAUUGCUGCUGCAGCUGCUGCUGCUCCUCCUGAGGACCCAGGUGUUGCGAUGCACCCAGCUGACUUUCGAACUGCCAGACAGCGCCCAGGAGUGUUUCCACGAGGAGGUGGAGCAGGGGGUGAAAUUAACCCUGGGUUAUCAAGUCAUUAGUGGUGGACACUAUGAUGUAGACUGCUUUAUCGAAGACCCCCAUGGAAAGAUAAUUUACAAAGAAACCAAGAAGCAGUAUGACAGUUUCUUUCACCAGACAGAGAUCAAAGGAAUCUACAAAUUUUGCUUCAGUAAUGAGUUUUCCACCUUUUCUCACAAAAUUGUCUUCUUUGACCUUCUAAUUGGAGAUGAACCCCCCAUUCUCCCAGAGAUGGGAAACAGAGUCACUGCAUUGACACAGAUGGAGUCUGCUUGUGUGACCAUUCAUGAAGCCUUGAAAACAGUGAUCGAUUCUCAGACACAUUAUCGACUCAGGGAAGCUCAAGACCGGAUCCGAGCUGAUGACUUGAAUGAACGUGUUUCCUACUGGUCUGUAGGGGAGACAGUCAUACUGUUUGUGGUCAGCAUCAGUCAAGUGGUGCUUCUGAAAAGCUUCUUCACAGAAAAGAGACCAACCAGUCGGGGUGUCAGCUCAUAAUUCUUGAGCAUACACUGCCUCUUGGGUCCUACUCAACAAAGGAAGUCCAACUGAUACCUUCUACUUAAGGAGGAGGGUAUGGAGUUCUUCCAUGUUCUUAAAACUAGAAGGAGGACUAUCUUCCCUCUGUUCCAUUGGCCUGUAAAGUCAGGUGAUAGUUUGGAGGCAAAGCCACUAUAAAUCAUAACAUAGUGCUAUUUGGUAUGUUUCUAGUAAUUUUGCUUCAUGCUGUUAUGUAGGUCUGACUUGACAUGCUCUAUGAGGCAUGAGAAAAAACAGAGCCAAGUAAGAAGUGAAUGAACCUGGCUAACUUUGGAAACUGGCAGUGACUUAGGGAUAUCAGCUGGCCAUGAGAAAUUUAUUUCAUGAGAAAUUCACAACUUAGUUAACUCCCAACAUUGCCCUAAACCUUAGGGCUCUUCAGUUUUCCUUCCUUAUCCCAUACUUCAGUUUUCUUCACUGUAAAAAACUAAAACAAACUUUUUUUCUUUUCUCUUCCUUCCCUUCUUCCUUCCUUCCUCCCUUCCUUUUAUGCCUUCCCCCUCCUUCUUCUCUUCUACUUCCCUCCCUUCUUCCCUCAUUCUCUUCCUUUCUCCCUUUUUCUCUCACUUUCUUCCUCCCUCCCUGACACCUUCCCUCUUUGACUUUUCCUCUUUUCCUCCCUUACUCCCUUCUUCCUUUCCUCCUUCCAUCCCUCCUUUUUCCUUCCUCCCUUCUCUUCCUCCCUUUCUCCAUUCCUCUCUUUCUUCUUCCUCCCUUCUUCUCUUCCUCCCUUUUCCCUCCUUCCUUCCCCCCUUUCUCUUCCUUCCUUCCUUUCUUCCUUCCUUCCUUCCUCCCUCCCUUCCUUCUUAAAAUUGCAGAUUAUUAUUCCUCAGCGCUUCACUCUGGGUCCAGCUUUGAAAAUAUCUCCUGGUGCUUUUUGAAGAGGCCAGGCUAUUUGAAGCCUUUGUUCCUCAAGAGUUAUAACAGAAGAAAUGUUAUAGGCCCUAAUCUGUAAAUAAUUUUUGCCAGUGGUCAUUCUCCUAGGGGCACUACAACUUUAUACUAAUUUCCUUUCAUUCCUAUGUUUUUCUUAAAGGACAGAAGCCUGACUUAAAAAAAAAAGUCUAGUAUACUUUCCUUUCCCCCUUUUCAUCUCAAGGCAAACACAAAGUCCAAGAGAGGGCUGAAUUUGUAUCUUAAACUACUGAAUAGGAAGCUAUAAAAUAACAGGCAAGGGGUCACAGAGCUCAAACUUUUAAUGAAGAAUCUCAGUUUAUGGCCUUUGUUCUGUAUGAUAACAGACCUAUAUAAAAUCAUACUGCAAAACAGA